UGCAAGGGCCCACACGCACUCAGCAAGGGGAGAAUAACUACUUUAUUUGAUAUCGAUACCUUGCUGCUCCUCGUAUUUUCUUUUUCUUUCCCAUUCGGAUCGGCACUUGCAUACAUCUUAUCGUGGUCUUGCAUUGCAUCGGGACUUCAUUUUCUAUAUGCUUUGUGUCUUCUCAAAAUGUCCGACUCAGUCACUUCGGUCGAAAAGACUAAAGGCAUAGAGCCUGCAGUGCUCGAAUCGCCACGCAGCAUCGAAUCACCAAAAGGUCUCGAAAAUGACAAGACUCCCAUUGACAGUGCACUGGAGAAGAAGUUGCUGCGAAAAUUGGAUUUCCGCGUGAUUCCUAUUCUCUGGUUUCUGUUCCUAGUCUCGUUCUUCGACCGAUCGAAUAUUGGAAAUGCGAAGAUUGCGGGUAUGACCCAGUCGCUACACAUGAAAGGGAAUGACUAUAACGUGGCCGUCACUGUGUUCACUGUCGCAUAUGUCGUUUUUGGAGUUCCGGCAAAUCUGCUGGUGAAGAAAUUCGGACCUCGGAUUUUGGCAAUUUUUAUGUUCUGUUGGGGUCUUCUUGUCCUCGGACAGGGUCUUACCAAAACCACUUCGGGAUUGAUCGCCUGCCGAUUCCUUAUGGGCAUGUUCGAAGCUGGAUUCGUCCCGGGUUGCGCCUACUUGAUCGGCUGCUACUACAAGCGCAACGAGUUUUUGCGCCGAUAUGCUGUGUUCUUUAGUGCUAACAUGGCGGCCGGUGCUUUCAACGGUCUAUUUUCAACUUUGUUGCAGAAGUUGAACGGCAGAGGAGGUCUUAGGGCGUGGCAAUGGAUCUUCGUUAUGGAAGCCAUCAUCACUAUGUGUGUCAGUCUUAUCGCAUUUUUUCUUAUCGUACCGUUCCCCGAAGACGCCAAAUUCUUGACUCCCGACGAGAAGGCUCUUCUCCUGAGACGUGUCGAGGAAGAUGGAGGAAAUGUUCGCCACGAUAAGAUCGAUUUGAAGCGUGUACUGGCAAUGGCCACUGACUGGAAGAUCUGGAUUUGUGUUCUCGGUUACAUGGCCGCUGAGGAAACAGCUAGCUCUUUGGUAGCUUUCCAGCCCACCAUCUUGAAGGACCUCGGCUGGACAGCUACCUCUGCUCAAUGGCACACCAUCCCUGUAUACGCCACAGCUUUCGUCAUCACAUUGAGCAGUGCAUGGCUGAGCGACUACCUCAACCACCGCUAUCUAUUCACAGUAUUUGGCUCCAUACUCAUCAUUAUCGGCUGGGCAAUUGAGCUAGCCCACAAGAGCUCCCCCGGCGUUCUCUACAUGGGCAUGUUCUUCGUCUCGUGUGGUGCUUUCAUCAACAUGUCGACCCUGGUCGUAUGGCUUUGCACCAAUGUUGGCAAGGGUGUUAAGCGUACCGUUGCCAUGGGUAUUCUUACCGGAUUCGGCAACUGUGGCGCAUUUGUUUCUGGUAACGUUUUUAUCACUGAACAAAGUCCCAAGUACCCUGUUGGCUUUGGCGUUGGAUUGGCUUUUGGCGUCGUCGGCCUUAUUGCGACUACGAUCUAUGUUGGAUUCUUGAUGAAGGAGAAUCGUGAUCGUGAUAGGUUGCAAGGCUCGAGUGAGAGGGUUUAUAACAGGGAUGAGUUGGAACAGAUGCAGGAUCUUGGAGAAUCCCAUCCUGAUUUCCGAUUCCAGCUGUAA